AUGUCUCUAGCAUUAAAAAUAUAUUCAGUCCAUAAUCUAAUUUUUUAGACAGAUUAUGUUUAGAUUGUAUAUAAUCCAUUAACUUGGUAUUUAAAACCAAUUUGCAAAUUUAACUUAAUAUCAGAGGAAGAAACAGAACAUAAUGCUUUUAAAUAUAAACAAAGAGAUCAUUAGGAUUAUGAUUUUUAUUUGAUUAAUCAAAAUAGAGAGUUCUCACUUUAUCCAGAUUACUUAGACUUUUGA